AUGCACACCCACCACCCACUUCCUUCGCCUUCGUCCUCUCAUCCACUCUGCCCCAUGCACACGCGUCCACUCGGCCACAACAACCCCUUCGACCGCUCCCUCACGAGCCCCUGCCGCCGCCGCACCCGCGCUUCGCCCUUGCGCACAGCGUGUCGCAAUCGUCACGCUACCCGUGCUUCAGCGCGUCGACGUGGAGGCCCUCCCCCAGCCCUAGUCCUGCCCCUCCCUGCCCGGCCCUUCCUGUCCCGCGCACCUGCGCGCACCCGGAAGCGGCUCCUCACGCCGCGUCUCUUCCCCUGCUCUCUCCGAGGAGGCGAGGGCACGACCACGCUCCCCGGUACCCCACCGCCCGACGCCUUCUUCUCCAAACACGCCCGCUCUACGCUGCGCACCGCCGCACACGCAUCGCACGAGCGCACCUCGUCCUCCGCCUCCGGCUACGCGCACCACCAUGUGGCCGGCGCUGCCAGAAGCACCACCUCGCCCGCGAAGCAGCGCUACGUCACGGACGCGCAUGGCCUCGAGAUCGUCAAAAAGAUCCGGCAGGGCGAGGUCGAGCUGCGCGAUCGCACCAUCGUCCUGUGCGGCAUCAAAGCCAACGUCCGUCCAGCUCGCUUUGCGUUGCAUGUUUUGUGUUGUCACAUUCGCGAUCGCUCAGUGUCGAGCUGA